GCAAUUUCCUACCAAUCUUCUGUAGGAGUUGAAGAGAUUGAAGAUGGAGAUGGAGACAGUUCGACAAGACGGUGAUGGUGUAGGUGAUUGCGCAGUGGCAGAGGUGAAGAGCAGAGGUGAAGGCAAAGCUCAAUACUCAUUUAAGAGACAACAAAAUAGGCACGGGUGGAGGUGGAGAUGGAAGUGGAGAACUAGGGGCGGAGGUGGAGGUGCAAGUGAGACAGAGCAAAGCAUUCUUGAAGUCCUUGAUUUUUGUCCUAAAACCAAGAUGAAGUCUAGGGCUUCAUCUUCAACAUUUACCCCUUUUCUUCGACCUUUUGUGGAUCGAUCUAGUGCUAGACAAGUUGUUUGUGAUCAGGGAUUAGCGGCACGGUUUCACGUUAGCACGAGUGAGUUAAACCCAAGAAGAAGCCCGGUGGUGGUGGAGCAAGAGCCUGCAUUUUUUUGAAUGGGUUGAUGUUGAAUUAUCGAGUUGGUACAAAGAUAUGUUUAACAGGCUUAAAAAUAAAAAAUUGGCUUUGGA